UUUUUCUUUUGAGCCAAAAAAUCAAACACCUCAGAAGGGAGCAUUUUGCUAUCUUACUGCAGGCUACGCAAGUAAAGCCGGACCGUGCCGUCUCGAUUUACUGAACUGCCAACCGCCGAAAAAACUUAUAAAAUUUUAUAUUUUCUGCUGCUGCAGUAAAGCAUCAUUAGCGCCUGAAGCGAAACGUGCCGCAUGCUUGUCGUCGCAGAUCCUGCGACGCCACAAUGCGGCGUCGCAACGAAGCCUGCGGUAA